AUGAUUCAGUGGUCGUUUUUAUACUAUCUUGCGAAUGUGACGGGAUCGCCCUGUAAUUGUAUGGCGGAAGGUUCGUGCUGCUACACGGAUCCAGUUCUUGACGCCGCAUCGGAAGAACCACUUGUUGCUUCGAACCCUCAAGGCUGCAAUACAAUGCCUGUUGUGCACACUUACUUACCUGCACAAACCCAGCCAACAGCAAUUGUCUAUCAACAGCCUCCGCAGGGUACAACCUAUCAAAGCCAAAAUUUCAAUGGAUAUUCCGUCCACACGGUUCCUCAACAACUACCCGUAGUCCCACAGGAAUGGUUUUGA